AUGACGUCAUCUGAGCAAUUUCGCCCCCACGGAGAUGCAAGGAGACCGGAGGAUUGGACAAAUCAAGGACAAUACCACAUUUUGGUGCUCAACCGAGCCCAUACCCAACGGUUCACAGAAUUUCCAGUCGAAGUCAACAUGUUUGCAAAGAGAUGGUCUCUUGUCGCGUUUGUGGAAUACGUCACCAAAGAUAAUAGAAUCCCACCAAUAAUAAGUUUGAAUCCUCAAAUCAUUGCUUCGUUAAUGUGGCUGUCAACUUGUUGUAUAGCAUGA